UUUGUUUACGGUAUUGGUGGGUUUUUGUCUCUUAAGACUCUUCUAUCUAAUCUAUCUAUUAUUCUAUCCAUUCUUUCCUUCCAUCUCACAAAAAAAGAAAAACAAAAAAACAAAAUGAAAAUUUCACGUUCCUGAAGGAGAGAGAAACAGAGAAAGUUGAGGACUUAAAUGUUUUGAGUUCCUGAAUUCCCUUAGAUCUCUUGCAUUUCGAAACAGUUUUAUCGGGGGUUUUGCUUUGCACGCAAGUUGUACUUUUUUCCCCUGUCGGAGAAUGAGUUUGAUCGGAAACAUUGUAACUUGAUCGUGGUUUGGUUCCUCGGAUCCUUGUUCGAAUGUUGUUUUUCCAAGAGUGAAAAGGAUCUGGUGUAUUUACGCUUGUGGUUAUUUGAUGAGCUGUAUAUGUUUUAACUAUGGUGUUGAAGAAGAGGGUAGAUAAUGGAUUCAAUGGCUUUCGUGUUCCUAUUAUACCUAAAGCUCCUAGAUCUGUAAGGAGGAGGGGUCCUUUGAACAAAGCAGCAGAGGAUGGUCGAGUUUGUGCUAUUGAACUACUGGCAUCUUUAGCUGGCCAAUUGCUGCAGGAGAGUGAAAGUUCUGCUUCCAGCAAUGCAUCUGAAGGAAAUGUUCAACCGGCCUUUAGCCAAGGUGUGAUUGAGCAAGCAAGAGAGAAUGAAGUUAAACCAUUAAAAAAGGAGGAAAUUCACCAGGGAAGUUGUGCUGAGAGCACUAUUAAGACUGAGGUAGGGUCACAAAACAGUAGCCAGAAACCUCCUCCAUAUGCCAAGACUGAUUUUUCGCAAGGACAUGUUACGGUUAAUAAUGAUUCUGACAUUUGGGAGAAAGUUGAAGGUGAUGUGAAGUCUGAAAUUUUCAAAUGGGAUAACAAAUUUGGGAAUUAUUCUAAUAGAUUAGUAAAAACACCCGAAAAGUUUAGGGAGUCUAGUGAUGGUAAGAUGAAGAAUGGAUUUAAACAGGAACAAGAAGCUGGCAGUUCAUGCUUUAGGGGAUCAAAUUUGGCUGAUAAAUGUAGUUUGAAAGACCACUUAGAAUUGUAUGUAUCUCCUACACUAAUUAACUCAAAAAGUAAUAUUAAAUCUUCCUUUCAUAGGAAAUCUUCUCCCAGUGCUUCCUUUUCCAGGCGUGGGAAUGUUGUUAAAUUAGGUUCUAGAGAUGAUGACGAAAACUUUUUAAGGUGCAAAAGAGUUUGCACAAAGUCAAAGGCUUUUAGGUCUCCGAGACGCAUUGCGCACAGAAGAAUCAGGAAUUUGAUGUCUUCUAAAUACUGGAAGACUGCUCCAAAGCUGAAAGACUGUGAACUUUCAAGAUCUGAUUUAGGAGUACCUCAUUAUCACAAGAGGAAGACUUUCUAUGGUUUUGAAAGGUCUCAGCACAACACUAUUAUUAAGAAGAGGAAAAUCGUUGAUCGGGUUUCAGGGGUAACUUCUGAUGGAGGAUUCAGCAGUGAGAGUGUAUCCAAUUCACCUCAGAAAGGGACAGAUGGAGACAAGCCUAACUCAUCUACAAAACUGCAUUUAGCUAAGGCUAAGGAUUCCCAUGUAAAAUUUAGCAUCAAGUCGAUAAGGAUACCAGAGCUUUAUAUUGAGGUUCCUGAAACUGCAACUGUCGGUUCGCUAAAGAGGACAAUCAUGGAGGCGGUGAUGGCGAUACUUGGAGGGGGCGCGCAUGUUGGUGUUCUUCAUCAUGGGAAAAAAGUCAGAGAUGACAGUAGGACACUUGUGCAGACUGGUAUAUCUUGCAACGAAAAUUUGGAUACCCUGAGUUUCAUGUUGGAGCCCGUUUCUCUUCAAGCUUCUCCAACUGUUUGUGCUGGUGAUCCUUCUUCUCAAUGUGAAACAUCCCAGCUCACUAGGCCCAUAGAAACUCCUGCCUUAGAUUCAGGGAUUACUGAUACCUUGCAUGACUCACCCUUGCUGACAUAUCCGGGCAACCUAAUUGAAAGUAACCAAGAGACUACUUCUUCACUCGCCGACACAACAGUUGACAAAAUAACAUCUGAUUGCAGAGCGCUGGUUCCUGUCCCAGCUAGCACAGAAGCAUUAGCUGUGGUUCCUGUGAGUCAGAAAACUAAGCGUUCUGAGUUUGUACAGCGUCGAACUAGGAGGCCAUUUUCUGUAACUGAGGUAGAAGCACUUGUUCACGCAGUUGAAGAACUUGGAACUGGAAGGUGGCGUGAUGUUAAGUUACGAGCUUUUGAGAAUGCAGAUCAUAGAACUUAUGUAGACCUAAAGGAUAAAUGGAAAACAUUGGUGCAUACUGCAACAAUCUCCCCUCAACAGAGGAGAGGAGAGCCUGUACCUCAGGAGCUUUUGGAUAGAGUUUUGGCUGCUCAUGCUUUCUGGUCUCGGCAUCAAGCUAAGCAGCAUGGAAAGCAUCAAACUGGAUCUGGAGCCUUGAAGAUUACAGAAGCCUCAGCUGAAAGACCUUGUGUUUGUUGAAGGUGUCCAAUUCAAUGACUUGUGAUAUAAUGGUGUAGAAAGGAGUGGUGGUGUUGACAGGAAAAAAGGAAGACAAACUUGUACAUUUUCAUUCAAAUUCAUGUAAUAUUCUUACACCAAAUUCUUUGCCGGCCAUUAAUUGCAUGCAGGUUGGCAUUUGUAAAUGAUUUGAUGCAAUAAGAUUGUUCUAACAGGAACUUAUACUGUUCUUUGAUUUGUAUUUUAUUUUUUUUACAUUUAUGAAUGUACGUAGAAAGUGUAAAAAGAAGAUAGAACAUGACAGACAACCCAAAAGAAAGGUUAAAAAUGUUCUUGUUAUUUUUUUUCA